CACCAUAGAAAAAUGGCGACCACCAUGAAAUCGGAAAACAAAACAGAUAUUAAUCGCGAAAUAGGAAUGAAGAUGAAAAAGUCCCCAAAUGACGAGGAUGAUCAAAUAGUUCCACAUAAAGAAGCAAAAGUAGACAGAAGUAGAUCUUGCCCAUAUUUAGACACAAUCAACAGAUCUGUUCUUGAUUUUGACUUUGAGAAAUUGUGCUCUAUUUCAUUAUCUCAUAUAAAUGUGUAUGCUUGUAUGGUUUGUGGCAAGUACUUUCAAGGUCGAGGUAACAACACUCAUGCCUACACACAUAGUGUUUUUGAAGGCCACCAUGUAUUUUUAAACCUGCAAACACAGAAAUUUUAUUGCCUGCCAGACAACUAUCAGAUCAUUGAUUCUUCUCUGGAAGACAUUAUUUAUGUUUUGAACCCAACUUUUAGUGAGUUGAUGAUUAGAAAGCUGGACAAGAAUCCAAAACUUUCUAGAGCUUAUGAUGGUACCACCUACCUGCCAGGUAUUGUUGGUCUAAACAACAUCAAAGCUAAUGAUUACUGCAAUGUGGUUCUUCAGUCACUGUCCCAUGUGGGUCCACUGAGAAAUUACUUCCUUAAAGAAGACAACUACAAGAAGAUGAAGCGGCCACCUGGAGACAUAGCUUUCAUACUGGUGCAGAGGUUUGGUGAGCUCAUUCGCAAGCUCUGGAACCCCAGUAACUUUAAGGCCCACGUCAGCCCCCAUGAGAUGUUGCAGGCUGUUGUUCUCUGCUCCAAGAAAAAGUUCCAGAUUACAGAACAAGGUGACCCAAUAGAUUUCCUCUCCUGGUUUCUCAAUGCAAUGCAUUCAGCUUUGAAUGGCACCAAGAAGAUGAACAGUAGCAUCAUCAGUAAAACUUUCAGGGGCAAGAUGUUGGUCUAUUCUAGAAAGAUUCCUAAUGUUGACUUGAGUGAGGCAGAAAAGGCCAAGCUUCAGUUAGAAGAAGAAUAUCAAGAACAAAUUUAUGACAUGCCUUGGUUGUAUUUGACCUGUGACCUCCCACCCCCUCCACUGUACCCUGAUGAAUCCAGAGAAAACAUCAUACCUCAGGUGCCUUUUGCUAAUUUGUUGAGCAAAUUUAAUGGUCUGACUGAGAAGGAGUACAAGACUCACAAGGACAGUACAAUGAAGAGGUUUCAGCUGACCCGACUUCCACAGUUUAUCAUUAUUUACUUCAAGAGAUUCAACAAGAAUUAUUUUGUGUUUGAGAAAAACCCAACAAUUGUUAAUUUCCCAAUUAAAAACAUAGAAUUUGGUGACCUGCUCUCCCCUGAGGCCAGAGCACAGCACAAGUACACGACCUAUGACCUGGCUGCUAACAUUGUACAUGAUGGAGAGCCUGGAAAAGGGAAGGGGAGCUACAGGUGUCAUGUCCUACAUAAGGGUCAAGGCAAGUGGUAUGAACUUCAGGAUCUUCAUGUGGCUGAUAUUCUUCCACAGAUGAUAACUCUCUCAGAAAGUUAUAUACAGAUAUUUGAAGUACGUAAAGAUAUUCCAAACCCCUUGUACAAGCCUGAUAGCGCUAAUCAAAUGGACAUGGAAGAGGAAUCUGGAGUAACACCCGAGGUUAACCAGGAGAAGGAUGAGCCUAGGGCUGCUGUUAUAGAGAUGAAUGAGGUUAUAGAGAUAGCUGAUGAGGGUGAGGAGGAUGUCAUAGUAGUGAAAUAAUUUCAUCCAUUCUGCAUGUGUCAUGUUUCCUAAUAAACAUUUUACUCUUGUUA